AUGGUGGCCUUCUGGACCAAUUUUGCCAAGAAAAUCCAAAUCGUCAUGGUCUCCCUGAGUGGCCAGAGUUCAAUGAAGAAAACGGGACUCGCUGAUGAGGCAGUGGGAGGGGAGGAGGUUGCUGUGUUCUUGGGCAUUCCUUACGCAAAACCGCCAGUUGGUGAUUUGCGAUUCAGUCCACCUAGAGAUAAACCAGUCGGCAUCCCAGAAACGCUUCCACCCGCCUGUCCACAAAAUGUCACCCUGGAUCCUUGGAUGAUCCAGCCCAAUGCUAUUCAAAAGACAAAAGCCCUUGCUGAGGCCUUGGACUGUCCAACUAGCAACAGUGAACAAAUGAUCAGCUGUCUCCGUGAGAAGCCAUCAACAGAGUUUGUUCUUCAUACUCAGAAUCCCCAAUUCGGUCGUGCUUUUCCGGUAAUCGUGGACAACGACAUUCUACAAGAUUCGCCAAUGAAUUUGCUGAAAGCCGGUAAAGUCAACGACGUCGACCUCAUCGUGGGAAUGACUUCAGAUGAAGAUGCUCAACAGUCGUUCCGUUUCCUGCCCUCCAAUUUAAGCUGCUGCCCAACAACUGAUGAAAUCAAGCUAAUCAUACAACAGGUCAGCUUGAUUUCGUUUUACAAGCCGGAGACGGUAUCCGUUGCGCUUGCUACAGAGUAUCUCAGUAAGGGUGGAUUUGAUGAUAUCUGCCAGACAAGGGGGAGUUUCAGACAAUUCAUGCAGGAUUACCUGUCGGUGUGGAGUACGUUGGAGACAGCUAGACUCCAUGCUAACACCGAACACUCUGUCUAUGUCUACUCCUAUGACUAUGAGCCCCUAAAACACUACAACAGUCUCUCGCCUGAACAAGCCGGACCAUCGUACGCUGAUGAUCUGCAGUUCCUGUUUGGAGACCCUUACAGCCCUCUUGUGGAUGAACUCGAGCUUUCCUACCGGCUUUGA